UGGUUUUGGAAAGAUCUCCUCAAAACUACUGACUAUUUAUAAACAAAGCCUUAGUCUGUUGUCUGUAUUCGCAGUUAUUUUCUUCUACUCUGAAACUGCUUUCGUGAUGAAGUAUGGAUUUACACAGAAAUCUUGCCUCUCACCUAACAUUUGGGUACAGAGAGCUCGAGUGCAUGAGUACUCGUAGAAUUUAUUUUGCAUCGCAUUAGUCAGAAUAGAAUCAAGAGAAUCAUUGAGAUCUGCUUUGCAUUGUGUCAAUCGUAAUGUUGGUUUCAACCAUUUCCUUUGUAUUCGUUGUAAGCGUUGUUGUGUUGAUGCAUUAGUUACAUGUUAGAGUACUGAGGGAAAACCCUCGAUUCUUGUGUGCAAUGGUCCUUUUGUUGCCUAAGCAAGAGAUAGGAAUUUCCUUAUUAUAAGGGCGCUGAUAUGUGGGCUGUUUUGGGUACUAGUCUAGAAAGCAUUGUGUUAUCAGUGAAAAGACAUGAAUCAGUGACAUUCUGAAGCUAGCAGAGCUGGGAACUUAAAUCAACGUGAGACUCCUAACCCAAACAAUACAGCCAACUUCAUGUAUGGCACACCAGUUUAUCCAUUAACAACAACAGACAAACCAGUACAGUCAAGUCAAGGGGAAGAGAAAAAUGCUGUUACUGGUUGUUAUCAAGAAUAUCAAGCUGAAGCAAAGGAACACAUUCAUCAGCAGCCUUGCUUCACAUCUCCAGAUAAUCUGGGACGUAGGUGGCACAAGUUGAGAAAAAGAUGUUAUCAUCCACAGAGGAACCAGAACUUCAGUUUUAAAGUAGUUUCUUACAAUGUACUGGCUGAUGGUUUACUGCAUUCAAACAGCCAUUUGUACAAUGGGUCUGAAGAGUGGCUGAAAGAUUGGGACUACAGACGAAGAAAUCUUCUGAAAGAAUUGCUAUAUUAUAAUGCUGAUGUUUUGUGCCUUCAAGAAGUUGAAGUCAGUCACUAUGAGGACUGGUUUGAACCUAAGCUGAGAGAGAAAGGUUAUACUGGGGUGUACAAGCAAAGAAGUGGUGAUAAAACAGAUGGUUGUGCUACAUUUUUUAGGGAAUCAAUAUUUAUGCUGGUGAAAUCAGAACUUGUCUCCUUCAACAAACCAGGUGUGAAGCUUAUGGAUCGUCAUAAUGUAGCUGUAGUGGUUCUUUUGAAACCAAAAGUUCCAGGCCGCUCUUCUCGCAACUCGAAGAACCUAGUGUGCAUCUCCAACACUCAUUUGCUUUUCAACCCAAAAAGAGGAGACAUCAAACUUGCACAACUUGCCUUCUUGUUUUCAGAAAUUGAAGAAAUAGCAAAAGUUUCCUCUUCUGGUCAAGGAAAUCCAGCCUAUCAUCCCAUCAUUUGUUGUGGAGAUUUCAACAGUACUCCAUUUUCACCAAUCUAUGAGUUUGUUAAGCGAGGAUAUCUUAAGUACAUGGGCAUGCAUCGUGAUAACUUUUCUGGCCAAAGUCAUGUGCGCAGGAGUUACCCUCCAAGUCAGAAAUUGAGAAGUAAUAUUAUUCCUUGGGAACUUGGAAUCACAACAUCGUGUACCAAAAGAAAUGAGUCAACAGAAAUAGAGAGUGUCUCAAGUGUUGAUCAGGAGAAUGAUUUGCAACCACCAGGGCUAGAAUCUGCAUAGUGUGUGUCAGCAUCAAACAGUGUGUUACAGUUUGAGAAGAGUGGAAAGUGUUUUCCAUCAUCUAGAAAGCCUGAUAAUUGUGCUCACUUGCCAAGAAAUCACAGUUUAGGAUCUUUCCAGUUAAAUCCAGAGCCUAGUUCAAGCACUGAAUCUCAGUCAGAUGUAUGUGGAAUAUCACUGCCAAAUACACAGUCUUCUUCUUCUUCUUUAAACUCCACAAAAAAUGAGAAAGUUUCACAGGAAGAAGUACAAAGUAGGCGACAUCUUUUAGCACAA